CGUAUAACAACCUAUCGGAAUUUCGGCUCAUCUCGUUACUCUGUGAAGGCAGCAUCUCAGUCAUUGCUCUGUUGGUUGGAGGACUCGCCAUUCACCAGCCUCAGCCCGCCCAGCAGCAUUGAGAGCGGCAUGGCAACUGCGAGGAGACAGGGGGAGAAGGUGUGGUGAGAGGUGACAGUUUAACCGGACCAGAGAGAGAGGAGCAGCAACAGCAGCAGCAGCAGCAGGAGCAGCAGCGCAAUUUUCACUCCUCACUGACUGAAGAAACGCAGCGUGUCUCGGCCAGUCAGCUCUCACACACUGACAAAACGAUGCACCACCGCCGCAGCUCCACACAGUCGCUGCCGCUGACCAGGUGUUGGACCAAAGAACAAGGACGUCGUUAACGUGACAGAAGAUAAACUUGUAUGUAUGUGCUGUGUGUGUGUCCGUCUCCCUGGUCCCGCACGUAGACGACCGAGAAGAUGCUGAGCCGACUGAUGAGCAGCAGCAUCAGGAGUCUGGACAGGGAAUGCAACUGCACCGUGAGACUGCUGGACGAUUCGGAGUACACCUGCACGAUUCAGCGGGAUGCCAAGGGACAGUACCUGUUUGACCUCAUCUGCCACCAUCUCAACCUGCUGGAGAAGGAUUACUUUGGCAUUAGAUAUGUUGACCCAGACAAGCAGAGGCAUUGGUUGGAGUUCACGAAGUCAAUUGCCAAACAAAUGAAAUCCCAGCCUCCAUUCACCAUGUGUUUGCGUGUCAAGUUUUACCCACCUGACCCUGCUGCCCUGAGAGAGGAAAUCACCAGAUAUCUCGUCUUCCUGCAGGUUAAGAGGGAUCUCUAUCAUGGUCGUCUCCUGUGCAAGACAUCAGACGCUGCUCUGUUGGCUGCCUACAUAUUGCAAGCUGAAAUCGGUGACUAUGACCCUGGGAAACAUCCAGAGGGUUACAGCUCCAAGUUCCAGUUCUUCCCCAAGCACUCAGAGAAGCUGGAGCGGCGGAUUGCUGAGAUCCACAAGACAGAGCUGAUAGGUCAGACUCCUGAGACAUCAGAGCUCAACUUCCUCCAGAAGGCUCAGAUGCUGGAGACGUAUGGAGUGGACCCUCACCCAUGCAAGGAUGUGUCUGGCAACCCAGCUUUCCUGGCUUUCACUCCUUUUGGAUUCACUGUGCUGCAAGGAAACAGGAGGGUUCAUUUCCUCAAGUGGGAUGAGGUGACCAAACUCAAGUUUGAAGCAAAGACAUUCCAUAUAUAUGCAAAUCAGAAAGAGGAUAAGAAGAUUAUACUGACAUACUUUGCACCUACACCUGAGGCCUGUAAGCAUCUGUGGAAGUGUGGAGUUGAGAAUCAAGCCUUCUACAAGUUGGAGAAGUCGAGUCAAGUCCGCACUGUGUCCAGUAGUAAUCUGUUCUUCAAGGGUAGUCGCUUUAGAUAUAGUGGAAAGGUUGCAAAAGAGGUAAUGGAACAAAGUGCCAAAAUUAAGAGGGACCCCCCUGAGAUCCACAGGGCUGGCAUGGUGCCAAGUAGGAGCUGUCCAUCCAUCACCCACGGCCCUCGUUUGACCAGCGUGCCCAGGACCCGACGGAGAGCUGUACACAUCUCUAUCAUGGAGGGUCUGGAGUCUCUUCGAGACAGCGCCCACUCCACGCCUGUGCGCUCCGUCUCUCAUGGCGACUCCUUCAUGUCUUCUCGGGGCCACAUGAUGGAUGGCAGUGAGGCAAGCACAUCAGCAGUCAUCUCAGACGAGGCCUACAGCCCCUCAGACAGCGUGCUGCCUACACCCGUGGCCGAGCAUGGAAUGGAGAUGCCGGUGGCACGCCACCUUAAUGGUGCUCCCUGCAGCGUUGAUGAGGAGAAGGAGUCGGAGGCGGGGGCAUCGAUGGAGGGGCAGGCGGCAGAGUUCAGACCCGGCAGGAGAGCACUGCGUAUGGUUAGAAGCAGGCCGUCACCACCUAGCGACGUAGAGGAGCUGAACAAGUUCAUCCUGAGUGUUUUACGUUUGUUCCUGGUCACCAUCGGACUGCUGUUCGCCCUGUUGCUGCUGCUCAUCAUGCUGACAGAGUCAGACCUGGACAUUGCCUUCCUGAGAGACAUCCGCAAGACACCUGAAUUCCAGCAGUUCCACUUUGAAUAUUUCUGCCCACUGCGGCGCUGGUUCGCCUGUAAGUUACGAUGGAUGGGAGGUUUCCUCAUCAGCAAGUGAGGCAAAGUGCAGGAUGCAGAGACUGAAUGACACAACACAGGCCUCCACUGAAGGAGAUGGGACACAUACUGUACAACAGACUGGUCAGGAGAGAGGUGGGAGGAGGGAAAAGGAAAAAGAUGGCAGCCCUAUUCCCAAUAUUAACUCAGCUUCUCCCAGGAAGGAGCUCCUGUCUCAAGCCACGGACUGUCCCCUGAAGAGCCUUGUUUAUUUAGUUUCACCAUCACUGCGAGGAGAGGAAAUCACAUUCAGGUCAUUUCAAGGUAUUUUAUUUUUACACAAAGUCACAAUAACAGGGUUUAAUUUAAACACUGGAAGGGACAAUAAAGUCUGACAGACUCCACUUAUUCAACCACAGAUAAUAGUUGCCUUUAUUUUUGUAUUAAUUUAUACAUUGUGACAUUAUUGUGAGACAGAAUGAACUGAUGUGUUGGGGUGUGUGUUGUGUGACUUGACUGUAAAUGAGAGUUUGAGUAAAGUUUUGAGAGAAGAGGAGAUGGGGGCCAGUUUAACUCAUCUAAGUUUCUCAUUUCAAAGCCAACAACAUUCAUAUAUAUUGUGUAUAUGAAUUAUACUAUGAUAUUAUUAGAUCAAAAACUGGUGUUUGGAGUUGUACCUGUGGGUUAGAGGAAGUGUUAAAUGGAAAACUAAGCAGCACAUACUGAAUGUAGAUCAGUCCUGAGUCAAACAGUAUUUACAAACAUUAUAGUUUGCUUUAUACAAUUUUAGGCAUAUAUUGAAUUUUCCACAUCGGGUACAUUAAAUUUUAACAAAUGCUAAGAAUUAGUUGCAGUAGCUAUUUGACCCAGGUGUAAUGUGUGUGCUGCCCUGUUGAAAGGCUUGAAUGAUUAUUUUUCUAGUAAGUGUGAUUUAGUUUAUGGUCAGACGUCAUGUUGCUGUGCUCACAUUACCAUUUUUUUGUCCAGCCACUAGAGCGCAAAUUAAGUUUUGUUUUUGUUUUUUUUAAAUUGUCCUAUGACUAUAAAUUAAGUCUUUCUAAGGAUAGAAGUAAUGGAGGUGGAAGGUUUACUGAUUUUAUAAAAUAGCUGCCAAAUAAGGCUGAUAACCACAAUCAACUUCUGUGUGUAAGGAACAGUUGUCACUUUGAUGUAGUUACUUUUACAGUAUUACAAACCUAAUUGUAAAGGUGAUGGGUCUAUGUGCGCUAGCGCUGUAGUGAUAGUGAAGUGUUUGGUUAGCUCUUUGACUCCCAUGCUCUGUAGAAGGAGUUUAUCUUGAUGUGCAAUACUGUUAAUAUAUAUAAAAAACAAGAUCCUUUCCAUGAUGAGAAAUUUGACAUUGUUCUACCUUUGUAAAGUGCAAGAAUUUGUGCAAUUUCCCCACAGUAUACAAUUAAGAGAGUUAAUGUACUUGUUCUUAGUUCAAGACCCAUGUUGAGUGAAGGUCAUUUAACUUUAUUUAGUCCUGCUGUGUUCAGAUUUAUGCAUUUAUCUGUCAAGGCUGCAUAUGUUGAAAUUAUUUUUCCAUUUUUGUACACACUGGUGUCUCGUCAACACACAGAUUUCCUCACAGUGACUUUUAAUGGACUUAUUUUUUUGCAGUGGAUAUGUAGUUUUCAGUCCUGCGCUCGCUUACAAGAGAACCUAAGAUAAGUCAUGUUUACGUCCUUCUGCAAUCUUCGUCAUCACACCUACCAAAGAAACCUCUGUUGUCUGCUAUUUCUGGCAGUGCGUCAGUUUACGUCAACAGAUGGAAACUCUGAUAGCCUGCUGUUCUUCUCCAGCCUUAUUGUAUGUUAUUUCACAGGUUAGCCUGCAGUGUGUCUUUACAGCUCAGAGCAAUCGACAGCAUAAGUUCAAACCAUAAAGUGACAGUUAACUAUUGUUCCUCUCAACAAGCCUACGAGUGUUUGACUAGGAGGUGUAUAUGCUGUGUGCCACUGGUAAUUAUAGACUGAUCAGCAGGUGUUUCAACAUUAUACCUAAAAAAAAAAAAAAAAGUGGAUGUAUUAUUUAUGCAACAAGAAUAAUGGUUUAGUAUAGUGACUGAGAAAUUUUGGAUAUGCAAGCACUUAAUGGCAGUUUGGAAAGCUGCUGUAUUCAUAUUCAAAUUUUGACAGGUUGACAAAACUUGUUCAUUGAGAAUCCCUGUAGUAUUAAAAUAUGAAUGAAUCCUAAAUAACAGGCUAUAAAUGUUGAUUUUUAUUUUUGUACAGUACCAUUUUAAAAUUCAGAAACAGUGAAAUGAGUGAAUGAUUCUGUUUCUCAUGAGUCUUAGUUCAGAGUUGGACGAGUUAGAGAAACAGAAAUAUUUACUAUUUAUAUUUAGUAGAAUAACACAAAUAUUUUGUGGUUGGUUUCCAGAUGGGAAACAUCACUGGUGUAUUUGCUUUAAUUCAGAUGGUGCUUGGUGGUUUUUGAUUGACAUGUUAGGUGAAAGGUGAUCAUGUACAAAAAAAAAAGUCAAGGCAGAAAGUUUACUUUUUACCUCCUCAAAUGUGUAGUAUCAAGCCUCAUUUUGUUUACGUGUAUGAAAAACUUUACAACAUAAUUUGAGCAAUAAAUUACAAAUAAUGUAAUGAUUAUUAUUAACCAGGAACUGCAAACUUAUGUUUGUCUCUGUCUGCUAGACAUGCAAAAUGUUUUGAAUCCUCUCAAAAGGUGAUAAAUAAGACAGCCUGUAGAUGCAUGUGUGAAGGAUAUGGUGAAUUACUCACUGUGGUACCACUCUGCAGUGUCAAAGAUACUUCUCCAAAAUAUCUAUUGUCAAAAAAAGGGUUUUUAUGUAAAUCAUGUUUGCUUGUUGCUUAACCCUAGAUUGCUCUACCUGACUCAAUAUAGAAACAGUAGAUGCAAGUUCUCUUGUGAAAGUAUGUGUAAAUGAACUGAACACCUGACAGUAGACCCAUUUCCUCUUUGGACUUUGGUGCAGGUUUUACCAGAACUGAAGUGAAACAGGUUGUAUUUUUUGCCAAUUUAAACAGCAGAAGUAGCAUAUUCAUCUACCUGACUUCCUGGAUCUUGCUUUGUGCAAUGCAGGGUUCAAUAUAGGGAUUUUUUUAUUGCAAAAAUCUGUUUCAGAUCACUUCAACUGUCAGAAACAAAUGGGGGCCACAGUUCCAUUGACGGGCAUCUCUUGUAUUCAUUUUUGAAAUAUGUACACAGGAAUACGGCCACAGAUGUGGUCUUACUGUAAGCUUCCUUCCUGUACCAUGGCCCUGCACAUGGGAAUGUCUCUGUAAGCAUGUGUUCUGCAUUUAUUACCUCCAAACAAGACUGCUUAUUUCCAAUCACUGACUGAGGACUGGUGUAAACUAUUUAUGAAUAAAUAUAAUAUAUUCUUGACAUCUGGCAGCUAGUCUGGCUACAAGUUGAAUCUUGAAUUCAGAGAUCGAAAAAAGGCAUUACUUUGAAAAAUGAACAUCAGAAAGUUUUUCAAUGUGUCCCUGCUUGGAAAAUGCAGACUGGUCAAUGUUCUCAUGUUACAAUACUGCCAUCUUGAGGUGAUAAUGAUACUAGCUGAAAUUAAUGCUAUUCACAUUAGGAAUGUUUGAUAUAAAAUGUCUCCAUAUUUAUUCGUUUCAGCAACCACAAAUAAAAAAAACAAAACAAAAUAACACAUUGAAUAAACAUAACCUUUUUUUUUUAACAGUCAAGACAGUUUUGCCAUUUCAGUUGACUGCACCACAAACAAUACAUAUGGAACCUAUUUUCCAAAAGGUUUUAGUUCUGUAAAACAUCUUAAGUAUAAUAAAAUUGUAAAUGUGAGAACAGAAAAGUAUACAGCAGUCAACGAAACAAACUUUUCAGCAGCCAUGUUCUGAAGAUUAUUUCCUAACUCCAGUGCCUGUACAAAGUUUUCAAAUUCUUGAUGAUUAACAGAAAAAUAUUUUUUAAUGUCUAAGUGAACAAGCCUCCAAACACUGACCUAAAUUAGGUUUAUUGUAAAACAAACUUAACUGAUGCAGGACUGUUCACCUCAUUUACUAUAAUAAAGCAUAGGUUCUAACAGUUGUUUUUAGAAGUCACAUAAGCUGAAUGAAAGAUCAUUUCUGUGUAAUCACAUAAAAAUUCUACACAUGGUGACUUUAAAUAUACAUCUAUCUCAAAAGGUCCUUCACACUUAAUCAGGGGAAGGAGACAAGAUAAUUCCCAAGGCACUGAAUAUCCCCUGGACUGCAGGGAGGUCAAUUAUUGAAAAGAGGAAAAAGUAUGACGGCUGUAAAACUGCCAAAAGCAGGCCAGUAUCUGUGACCAAAACUGAGCUUUUUGGCUAUCAUAAUAAAUGCUUAAGUUUGGUAUAACCCAAGCACCGCACAUCAAAGACACACACCAGCUCCACCAUGAAGGCUGUGGAGAGGUUUUUCUGCAGCACGGCCUCUAGAGACCUUGUAGAGGUCGAGGGUAAAAUGAAUGCAACAAAACGCAGGUAAGUCCCUGAAGAAAACCUGCUGCCAUCCUCGAGAGCUGUGACUAUUCUCCAGCAAGACAACAAACCCAAACAUGAAGCCAAAUUUUCAGAAAUGACUUCAAAACAAUAUUAUUCUGGAGCAGCCCAGUCACAGUACAGACCUCAGUUCAAUCUGGUAUUACAGGCAAAUAUUGCUGUUCACGCAGUCCCCAUGCAAUUUCACAGAGAUUGAGUGCAGUGUCUUCAUGUGCAAAGUUGACUUAGACUAGACAUUCAGUGGACUUGAACACAGUCAUUUUACAUUUGUACUUUAGAUUAAUUUGUAGGAAUAUGUCUUCACUUUGACAUUGAGAAAAAAAUACAUACAUUCACUGACUUAAUAUUGUAAAACAAGAAAACAUGGACUCCAGGGGAGAAGUUUUAGUUUUUUGGGUUGUCUUUUUUUUUUUUUUUUUUUUUAAA